GAGUUGUUGUUCACUAUAACGAGGAACAGAACCUCGCAGAAUGUCACCAGAUUGUCCUCUACACGCUUGUCUAUAUAUGCUUUUCGAAACUGGCGCCACCACGCCCUGCAGCUUUUAAGUAACCAAUUACUUUUCUACAUGAAACCCAACCUCGUUAAAUUAAAAUACAGCGCUCCUAUGUUACAAAAACUACACGGCGAUUAUACCAGGGCAGUGUUAAACAAUGUUCCGUCGUGCCGGUGAUAUUAUAUGGCAAUUUAAGAACCGGCGUUUUCAAACCAGAAACUUGUUCCCAAAACGUGAGUCUGGAGCCUAGAGCAGCCUUGCAGAAUCUGGUCACCCACAGUCACCGUAGAGCUGUUGGUUCAUUUACCACACAAGCUGAUAGUAUUCGGGAAUGUCCGCUCCCAACUCAGCAAAGAAAAGCUGGUGGAAUUUUGGUAGAUCUGUGUCCAAGAAAAACCCACAGGACAGGAGACAGUCAGUCCUGGAGAUGACUGAGAACGCAGCUAACAAGCAAUAUGAACCCAUACACUCACUCGGUACCAGUCAACAGCCUCCAUCCAAUGAACGGCAAGCCAGUCCAAGCAGGAGCCUGGACGAGGAAGCGUUUGUGGAUACAGGAUUUUCACACCCUGUCCCACCAGUUCCGAGAGCAAACCUGGAUCCAAGGGUAUCAAUCUACAGUGGCAGACGACCCAUGUUCACCCGGACCAACAUCCAAGGACGGGUUUACAACUUUCUGGAGAGACCCAGCGGUUGGAAAUGUUUCUUUUACCAUUUCACUGUAUUUCUCAUAGUGCUCAUUUGCCUCAUCUUCAGUGUCUUGUCGACCAUAGAUCAAUACACAGCUUUUGCACAGGGAACUCUGUUCUGGAUGGAAAUCGUGUUGGUGGUGUUCUUUGGGGCUGAGUACAUGGUGAGAUUGUGGUCUGCAGGAUGCCGCAGCAAGUAUGUUGGUAUCUGUGGCAGGCUUCGCUUUGCAAGUAAACCUAUUUCGAUUAUUGAUUUGAUAGUUGUUAUAGCUUCAGUAAUCGUGCUGUGUGUCGGCUCAAAUGGACGAGUCUUUGCAACCUCUGCCAUCAGAGGUAUCCGCUUUCUUCAGAUUCUCCGGAUGCUGCACGUCGACCGACAGGGAGGCACCUGGAGGCUCCUGGGGUCUGUCGUUUUCAUUCAUCGCCAGGAGCUGAUAACAACCCUGUACAUUGGCUUUCUGGGGUUAAUAUUUUGUUCCUAUUUCGUGUACCUGGCUGAGAAAGACGCUGUUGAUGCUAAUGGGUUCACGGAGUUUGCCAGCUACGCUGAUGCCUUGUGGUGGGGAGUGGUGACUGUAACUACGAUUGGCUAUGGUGACAAAGUGCCUCAGACGUGGAUAGGCAAGACCAUUGCCUCCUGCUUUUCAGUGUUUGCUAUUUCAUUCUUUGCACUGCCUGCAGGAAUUCUUGGCUCUGGUUUUGCCUUGAAAGUCCAGCAAAAGCAGCGACAGAAGCAUUUUAACAGACAGAUUCCUGCAGCGGCAUCACUCAUACAGACGGCCUGGAGAUGUUAUGCAUGUGAAAACCCUGACUCCUCAACUUUCAAAAUGUACAUCAGAAAAUACGUCAGAAACUACGCUUCACCGUCCAGCCCAAGACAGAAGAAAACGGUUAAAGUCAGGAAGAAGACCAAGACCGAGAAAGACAAUGGAACAAACUCCCCUAUGGUUCCUCACAUCACAUAUGACCACAUCGGAGAACCACGAAGCUCUGAUGGAUUCAGUAACCCAGCAGGCGAGACAGUGGCCUUAAAAAUGAUUGGCCGCCCGUCAUCCUGGACCUCGUUUCAGUUCUACUCCCCCUCUCCAGUGAAAAAAUCGUCUGGGUUUCUUGAAGUCCACCAACCAGGAGCUAUCCACAGAACAUACAGCUUCGGGGAAGACCUUGAACUGGAGGGAGAAAGUGCUCUGACCCCCAUCACACACAUCUCACAACUACGAGACCAGCACCGCGCUGCCAUUCGCGUGAUUCGCCGGAUGCAAUACUUUGUGGCCAAAAAGAAGUUUCAGUCAUUACAUGCUGAUGACUUUUUAAAGCUCAGAAGUUUUGCCUCGGUACACCUCUCAAGCUGGUGCACCAGAGUGUAACCAUUAACCUGCCCCCCUGCAACACUCCCUCCAGUGGAUGUGAGAAAUACAACAAUGAACAAAUACACUUAAAUCCACUGGGGACUUAACGGUUACACCUCUGUGAUUCACUGAAGUCAUUUAUUAUUUACUUUUUUAAUAAUCAGAUACAUUUUUUGAAAAUAUAACCAAAAAUAAAACAUCCUUGCAUGCAGAAGAUAUAUUUUUAGAAUGUUUGCUUUUUUGUGCCCAUGCCUCUAUAAGUGUUUCUUUUUGUAUGUAAGCAGUAUUUUCCUUUUAGACAUUUGGGGAAGUAUAUCUGCCUAUGUUUACCCUGUACUGCAUGAAAAUCUCAGUACUGCUGUAGUUCUAGAUUUCCAAAUGGCCCUCGCAAGUUUGAAUCCCUAUAGACCACUGGGGCUUGCCUUACCUCUACUGGCACCUUCAAGCAUGUGUCUUCAAGUAUUGUUGCUCAUGGAGGACGUGGCCUGUGCUCUGUAAUGUGCUAUUAUCCAGGCCCGCAACAUAUUUCAAAAAUAAAUUUGUCUUUUCUCCCUGUUUGUUGGCUCUGGUCAGAUGUACAGUACUGUAUUGAGAACAGAGGGUCAUCUGUAAACUGGGUCUGACACUAACCAUCCUCGCUUCACUGACACAGGUCCAUUAUAGCCAAUGGAUUUUGUGCUUUUUCAUCCUUUCCACAAACGAAUAAUGCAGUUAUAUAUAAAGCUGCAGUGUCCUACAAACAAAUCAGUUUUAUACUAAAAUGAGAUUCCAUUUGGUAACCCUUAGUGUCUGGAAUUCACAUUUAAUUACAUUUAAAUUACAUGAAAAUGUAUAUGCUUUCCUAUUAAACAAUAAUUCAUAUUCAACUCUUACAAUAAUUAUUUGUGAAUAAGGCAGUGUUUUAUACCCCCGAUAUGAGUCUAUUUUGAAUAUGUCCUACAUUGAUGAUUGUUUGACAUGAAUUCAAUAGGAAGUGUGUUGGCUCACAUGGUCAUUGCCUGCUAGUUAAUUGGCCAUGACGACAGUAAGUCUUCCUGAGCCGAAGGGCAUUUCACGGAAGACAGCCAAUUAUCUGCAGGUAAUGAUCACCGCUGAGGAUAUUACUGCUGUUAUAAAUCAAACACCCCAUAGUGCAUCUCUUUUUUCAUUUCUGUCUGCAAAAAUCUAUAUAUGUUAUGGGCAAAGCCUGAAAUGCGAGCAAUUCGCGAAUUGCCUGCUGACUUUGGGCAAAACUCGAAAAAUAAUUAAAAUAACUUAUGUUGGACUUUGCCUGGGCAAACUGCAGUCUGCCCACUGCUUCUUGGGCAGAGUCUGAAUCACUCCCUCUGUUCUUUCAUUCCUGUUCCAAGUGACAGGCAGACCUUUGGAACAAGGAACAUCGGAACAAAAAUUUACAUGAGAAACGCUAUUGACACUUGCAUAUAAAAAGGACAGUAUUAUUAAUAAUGUAAUAACAACAAUGAUAAUAAGGAGUUGUAGUAUUAUAACUGUCCAAUCAGAGAGAUGGAUGCAGUUACUGAGUGGAACAUGAAUGAUUAGCUGACUUACGUUUGACAGUGUUUAUAACUAGCGGUUGGAGAGUGUAAG